GUUCUUACCUGAUGCCUCUCGAUAUUAUUAGUCAAGUAAUUAUGUAGGUGCUAGAUUCGAAGGAAUAUCGAACGGCUUUCAUCCUCUUCCGGUCUAGAUUCUGCGUUCAUAUGCGGUGAUACUUUGAUAAGCCAGGUAUUGCGCUCCGGAAGGAAGAUAAAAAGCUUGCUUUAGAAUAUUGUCUCAUAAAGGACCCAGAAAGUUUCGCUUUUCCCCGGAUGUAGCCGAAUUUCAUGUGCUUAGAUAAAAGAUAGGUAGGUAUCCUAGUUAAAUGACACUUUGUAGUGUGUAGUGGUACGGAAGUGUUUUCUUCCUCGUCGACUUGUCUUACUCUUUUUCCGAUAAGCCCCAAUUGAUAGAACAAUGGAGGAGACAGCUGUAAAAAGCGACGGCUUGUUCAUCCCGCUGAUCGACUUUUCCCAAUUCCUGAACGGCAAUCCGGAACAGAGGAAGCAGACUGCCGACGCCAUCCUUCGCGGCUUUCAGACAUCCGGAUUCGUCUACCUGAAGGGACUACCCGUCAAGCCGGAGUAUCGGAAGCACGUGUUUGAUACGUCGGCCAAGUACUUCAAGCUUCCCGUCGAGACCAAGCUGUCUCACUGCUGGACUACGCCCGAAGCGAACCGGGGUUACUCGGCACCAGGCAGAGAGAAGAACACGGACCUGACGGACAUGGACGCCGUUAAGAAGCUGAGGGACGCGGUACCCGACCUGAAGGAGAGCCUAGAAAUCGGGCGCGACGACGAGCCCGGGCACCCAAACCAUUGGCCCGAGGAAGAGGGCGAGCUGGUAGGCUUCAAGGAGACGAUGCUCGAAUUCCAUAAAAAGUGCAAAGACCUGCACAUCGAGGUUAUGCGCGCCAUCGCCGUGGGCCUAGGCAUCGAAGAAUCGUGGUUCGACAAGUACACUGACGUCGGAGAUAACACUCUGAGGCUUCUUCACUACCCCGAAGUCAAGAGAGACGUGUUCAAAAUUAAUCCGGGACAGGUCCGGACCGGCGCGCACAGCGAUUACGGCUCCAUCACUCUGCUAUUCCAGGAUUCCCAGGGCGGUCUGCAGGUGCAGAGUCCGACGGGCGUCUUCGUCGACGCGGCACCCAUCGAGGACACCUGCGUGGUAAACGCCGGGGAUCUGCUAGCAAGAUGGAGCAACGAUAAUAUCAAGAGUACUAUUCAUCGUGUCGUAGAACCCCCGUCCCGUCGAGACGACAUUUAUCCGGCCAGAUACAGUAUAGCAUACUUCUGCAAUCCGAAUUUCAAGGAUUACAUCGAGGCCAUCCCUAACACUUACGCUACCGAACAGGACAAAAAAUACGAAGGAGUAAAUAGCGGCCAGUAUCUCGUCCAGAGAUUGACGGCUACUUAUUAGCUGGCGUGAUUCGAUCGGAAGUUUCCAAGGUGAUAUCUCGCGCGGUUACUUCAUGUUGGUCCAAAAGUAAAAUCUCCAUUUGG